AAUAAAUAAGAAAACAAAAAGCAAAGUGAUGGAUCUAAAAAGAAAAAAGAAAAGCACACUAAAAGAUAGAUCUCUCUUCCUCUCUCUUUCGCUGAAACUAGUGUUCGAAGCGCCUUGGCGGAAUUCACGGAGGUAUAAUGAAAUUCUUCACUCGUUGUUAGUUUUGAUUUUGAUUUGUUUAGAAGGGAGUUAUCGGAGUAAAGCCUAUUGGCUUGGAAAAUGGGGAUAUAUCUCAGCUCCCCCAAAACAGAAAAGGCCUCAGAUGAUGGUGAGAAUGACAGACUUCGAUACGGCCUAUCCUCUAUGCAAGGGUGGCGUGCAACCAUGGAAGAUGCUCAUGCAGCCUGUCUAGAUUUGGACACAUCAACAUCUUUCUUUGGUGUUUAUGACGGCCAUGGAGGUAAAGCAGUUUCAAAGUUCUGUGCCAAGUAUCUUCACCGACAGGUGCUCAAGCAUGAAUCAUACAUGGCUGGAGAUCUGGGAACUUCUCUUCAGAAGGCCUUUCUCAGAAUGGAUGAAAUGAUGCGGGGACAAAGAGGAUGGAGAGAAUUAGCUAUUUUAGGAGACAAAAUGGACAAGAUUUCUGGUAUGAUAGAAGGAUUUAUAUGGUCGCCCAAGGGCAAUGAAGCUAACAACCAAGUGGAUGAUUGGCCUCCGGAGGAGGGACCUCACUCUGACUUUCAUGGACCAAAUGCUGGAAGUACAGCUUGUGUUGCAAUCAUACGAAAUAACCAACUUGUGGUGGCAAAUGCUGGUGAUUCUCGCUGUGUCAUUUCCAGAAAGGGUCAGGCAUAUAAUCUAUCUAAGGAUCACAAGCCUGAUCUUGAGGUUGAGAAGGACAGAAUUCUGAAAGCUGGUGGUUUCAUCCGAGUUGGUCGCGUCAAUGGCAGUCUCAACUUGGCACGGGCUAUAGGAGACAUGGAAUUUAAGCAGAAUAAAAAUAUGCCCGCAGAAAAGCAGAUUGUAACUGCCAAUCCAGAUAUAACAACUGUUGAGCUUUGUGAGGACGAUGAAUUUCUUGUUAUUGCCUGUGAUGGGAUCUGGGAUUGCAUGUCCAGCCAACAACUGGUUGAUUACAUCAGAGAUCAACUAAAAUCGGAAAAUAGACUCUCAGUUGUUUGUGAGAGAGUAUUUGACAGAUGCUUGGCGCCCACAGCUGGUGGUGAAGGAUGUGACAACAUGACUAUGAUUUUGGUUCAGUUCAAGAAACCCUUCAGCAACCCGGAAAACGUGAAUGCUGCUUCUACUUCUGCUGAGGAGCCGCCUUCAUCGUUCAAUCAAACGUUGUCUGAUCCGAGUGAAGGUGCUUCUAAGACUGAAUAGAUGGUACAAAUACAAUUUUAAAAUUUUUCUCAUUGAUGCACUUAUUUUUCUAUUAGUCGAUUGCUUGUUGAAGAGUUCACUUGUUUUGUAAAGUAAAUUUCUCUUUGUGAA